AUGUCAAACGGCAAAGAGUCUUCAGACUCUUCACAGGUUAGUAAUCUUCCUGAUGAUAUACUGUUGAACUGCCUAGCUCGCGUCUCGAGAUUGUACUAUCCGACUCUCUCCUUAGUUUCCAAGAGAUUUCGUUCUCUCACUGCAUCGAUUGAGCUUUACCAAACCCGAACGCUCUUAGGCCGCACCGAGACUUGUCUUUAUCUGUGCAUCCGCUCUCCUGGUUUUAAGACUUUUAACCAACGUUGGUUCACACUAUGCCGAAAGCCAACUCGAACCCUAAACCCUAACCCUAACCCUAACUCAGGAUGGUUCACUUCAUGCUUUAGACCGCAUAAAGUCCCAAAGAAUCCUUCUAGGAAGGAAGAAAAUCUUAUGGUCUCUGUCCCAACACGCAAUGAUUCUCCUCCGUUCUGGACUGGUGCCGCAACUGGUCCUAACAUCUACGCGAUUGGCGUAUACACUGAUGAUGAUGGGUUUCCCUCGUCUAAGGUCUUGUACUUGGACUGUCGAUCUCACACUUGGCACGAAGCUCCAUGUAUGCACAAGGCGCCUCCAAGCAUCCCUGCACUAGGGCCUGCACUAGGGACUGUCGUGAGUGUUCUUGAUGGGAAAAUAUAUGUCACGGAAGACUGUAACGAGCCUGGUUCCUCAAGUUUAAUCGAGUGUUUCGAUCCGAAAACUCAAAUAUGGGAGCGUGUGUCAAACCCUACUGCAGAGAUGCUCCGCGAAAACACCAUUUAUAAAAGCUUAGCUAUCGACGGAAAGCUUUACCUGUUUGGGACUGAUUAUAAUAUGGUUUACACGCCCGAGGAAAAUAAAUGGCAAGUCGUAGGAUCCACGACUUGGUUUAAUUGGAUUCCUUGGGAUCCUACUUGCGUGAUAAGCAACGUAAUGUACAGUACACGAUAUAGCAAAACGCUCCAUUGGUACAACUCCGAGGGAAUAGUGUGGAGAGCUUUGAAGGGUUUGGAAAAGCUUCCUAGUUUGCCAAUGUGUAGUGAUCGUGUUAGAUUGGUGAAUUAUGGUGGAAAGAUUGCGGUUUUUUGGGAGGGUGAUAAUGCUAUUAUCUCUGACGAGAAGUUGAUUUGGUGUGCUGUGAUCGCGCUUGAAAGACGCAGCGACGAACAAGAGGUUUAUGGGAAGAUUGAGUGGUGUGAUGUUGUGCUUACGGUUCUCAAGUCAUUUGGUUUAUUUGAAUUACUCGCUGUUGAUGUUUGA